GGCUACGAGGGACAGUCCCCGAAACCGGCUCGGCCAGAAAGUUUGCACUGGAGCUGGCACCGCGGCGCUUGCAGGCGCGCAGGUGCAUCCGGGGCGCGUUCAAGGCUCCAGUGGGCUUCCCUCUCUCCUCUCGCUCCUUCUCUUUGUCCGUUUGGUCUUGCGAAGGGGGAUAUUCCAAGUGGAGGCCUCCGGAAUCCCCGACGACCUCCUUACUGGUCCGCAGGUGGAGCGGCUGUAGCAGCGCGGGUAACGGGCAGAUGAGGGGGCUCUGCCCGCGCACCUCGGAGCUCGCCCCGGCCUCGGGAGACUUCCUGAGCCGCGAGUCCGGAGUCAGUCUGGGCACCUGGACUCUUCCUCCUCAGCGUCCACCGAGGGAGGCCUGUGAGCCUGAAAAGGAACCAGUGGAUGAGGUGCUACAGAUCCCUCCAUCCCUGCUGACAUGCGGUGGCUGCCAGCAGAACAUCGGGGACCGCUACUUCCUGAAGGCCAUUGAUCAGUACUGGCACGAGGACUGUCUCAGCUGCGACCUGUGUGGGUGCCGGCUGGGUGAGGUGGGCCGGCGCCUCUACUACAAGCUGGGCAGGAAGCUCUGCCGGAGGGACUAUCUCAGGCUUUUUGGCCAAGAUGGUCUGUGUGCGUCCUGCGACAAGAGGAUCCGCGCCUAUGAGAUGACCAUGCGGGUGAAAGACAAAGUGUACCACCUAGAGUGCUUCAAGUGUGCCGCCUGUCAGAAGCACUUCUGUGUCGGUGACAGGUACCUGCUCAUCAACUCCGACAUCGUGUGUGAGCAGGACAUCUACGAGUGGACUAAGAUCAAUGGGAUGAUAUAGGCCAGAGGCCCCGGGAUGGUGUCCGCUGAAGACGCUGGUGCACGGUGUCUUCGCGGCGUCUUCACUCUUAGGCACUGUGGGGAUUCGUGGGUGGGGUGAGGCAUUUCUGAGGGGAUGGUGCAGACGUACGGGGAGCCGAGACAUAGCCUCUGGGGGAUAUAACGCAAGGGCCAAGAUUUCAGUGUGACAGCAGGACCAGCUCUCUUAGGACUUCUGGUCACCCCUGUCCGUAGUAACUGACAUGAGUAGUGGAAGGAAGGGACAUUUAGGGACAAAUGGGCACUGCCAUCGUGGGCGGCUCUCUCAUCCACCAACGGGAGGUGCUGCAUACGGACAGCUUCUUAGGAUUUUUGAGGCUUGCAAACUAGAGGCACGCAAUCGAUUUCUUCCUGGCUCCUGUAACAACUCUGUUCCGGUCACUGUCUGUUACGCAAGGGAGGGGCGGGCAGGCGAGCGGCCCUCCUCCCUCUUCUCUUGGCCAUCUUCCCAAGGCCUUAAGCUUGGGGCCCCAGAGCAACUGCACAGAGACACAUUUCAGUUGGGAAUGAAAACCACGACUCUUAACCGAACAGUUAUUUAAAGCAAUGCUGGGGAAUCGUUGUUUUUAGACACCUUAGUUUUGAGGUGAGGAGUUCCAGAUGGUUUCUAUACGAAUGUAAAUCUAAGAAAUCAAAGUUGUUCAGCUAUUUUAUUAUCUUAGAUUAUAUCAAAGUAUUUGUUGUGUGUAGUAAAAAAAAAAAAACCACCUCUGCAGACUUAAUAAAAACAACUGACU